CUAUUGGUAUUCGGGAGGCGGGGCGAGGAGGGUGCAGGCCCCCGGCUGUGGGUCGGCGGCUUCACAUCUGUCUGAGGAGGCGAGCGAGCAGCGGUCCCGUUGGCGCCAUGUCGUUCUGCAGCUUCUUCGGGGGCGAGGUUUUCCAGAACCACUUUGAGCCGGGCAUCUACGUGUGUGCCAAGUGUGGCUACGAGCUCUUCUCCAGCCGCUCCAAGUAUGCGCACUCAUCCCCAUGGCCGGCCUUCACCGAGACCAUCCAUGCUGACAGUGUGGCCAAGCGUCCAGAGCAUAAUCGGCCUGGAGCCAUAAAGGUGUCCUGUGGCAGGUGUGGCAACGGGCUGGGCCAUGAGUUCCUGAAUGAUGGCCCCAAGCGGGGACAGUCCCGUUUCUGAAUAUUCAGCAGCUCGCUGAAGUUUAUCCCUAAAGGCAAAGAAACUUCUGCCUCCCAGGGACAGUAGGCGGGCAGCCCAUAUCCAUCCUAGAUGGACACCGCAUCGUGGCCACACUCUGGCCAUCCCACCUUGGAAGUGGAACCCCAGACGUUCAGGCUUGGGGGAGGGCGGGUAGCUGAAACAUUGGGAAGGCUCCCAAGGCCUUGGCUGUGAACAGGCUCUCCUUGGGAAAAGGCUGCCAGAAUGGGCCUGGAGGGCCCCGCCGUCAGCUCAUCUUGGCCUCCUGUUCACACAGGGGUCUCAGGGAGUGGGCUCUAGGCCCAGCUUGUCUUUGAAUGAUGGUGCACCCCCCACCUUCUCUCCUCCUCAGCCCACUGCCCCCUCCCUGCCUGUCUGGACUCACCCCGGGGGGCCCAGUUCUGAGAUGGCUCUGGCCCACCUCCCCCAGGCUGUGCUGGGAGACAGAAUGCAAACAGAGGUGGCCCCAGCCGGCUGCUCCAGACUGUCACUCCAUGAUUCACUCUGGUGAAACCCUUCCCGGCAGCCAGAGUGGUGAUGAUCGUGACCUGCUGGGGGAGCAGGCAGAGGGGACAGAUCCCUGGUGUCUCAGUUAUGAAAUCCUGAACCCUGUUGCCCAAUCUGUGUGAACACUGCUUGCCUCACUUGAGCUUAGGAAAGCAGUUGUUGCUCCAUUACCUUGACUGUGCAAGGCUGGGGAGCCUGGAGCUCACAGACUACAGUUCACCCCUUCCCAGGAUACAGUGCCCAUGCCUUACUGCACCUGCUCUGAGGCUCCUGCCAUUGGGGAGUGUGGGUAAAGCCCCCUCCUAUCUUGAAUCCUCUGUAGGGUCAUCAGGAGGAGAUCAAUAAACAAAUGGAACACAG